AGGGUCUUGAGAUCUGAGACGGUCAAGCCAUUCUAGAGAUUGUUUCCGGUCAGCUCCUGGAGUGAUUGGGACAUUUCCAUCCGGAAUUCUCGACCUAGGUUAGCGGAAGUCCCAGGGAGCCCGCGCAGAGGCGUGGAGGCGCAAGUGAGACUCUGGAGUCUGGACUGCUAAUUCAGGCUGCUGGAUUUCCUCUUAUGCCACAACCAGCUUGUGCAGAUCAGAAACUGCCUGGAGCCUCCACCCCCCAACCCAGGUGUGGCUGCUGGGAACACUGGAUGUGCUACCAAGAAGGACCAAGAGCAAACAUCCACAGGAGCCAUGCCUGCAGGAGUGAGUCCAUCCCAGAAGGCCCAGGUCCCAGGACCAGAAGUGCAGAGUCCACCAUGGAAGAGGUUGGUGUCGUUUGAGGACGUGACUGUGGACUUCAGCCGGGAGGAGUGGCAGCACCUGGACCCCGCCCAGAGACGCCUGUACCAGGACGUGAUGCUGGAGAUCUACAGCCACCUCGUGUCAGUGGGGUAUGCUACUCCGAGGCCUGAGGCCUUCUUCGGGAUGAAGAAAGCAAAGGAGGCACUACAGGAGGAGGCUGACUUUCCAAGCCAGAGGUGUGGAGAAGGUGAUUUGAGGCUUGACACUCCACAGCAGGAGGCUCCUGGGAAACUUUCCUUUCAAGAUGUCUUGACUAGUGAAGUCACAAGAGGUGGUUCAUUGUGUUCCAUCUGGGGACUGUGGCAGGAUGCUGGCCCUACAGAGAGAGAUCAGCAAAACCAGAUCCCACCUCUGAGACCCGGUGAUUUCAUCAACAAGAGAACUCAGAGCACAGACAGGAAUUGUGAAUGUGAAGAGGCCGAGGAACGUGUUCCUGUGGGGCCUCACCGCAUUUCCACACAGAACAGACCUCCAAACUCUGAAUCAUUAGCAGGAACUUUGAACCCUCACCUAGAAGCAGAUGGUCGGAAUCAAAGCAGUGUCAGAAAACAGCUUAAUGGCCAUGUUACUCCUGGAGAGCUCUUUACAAGUGGCUUUUCUAAUGCUAACUGUGUCAUUACUCACAGAGGAGAGAAAUCUUGCAAACACAUUCAGUGCAAAGUUCUCAGCCAUGAGCAACCACUUAUGCAGAAUCAAAUUCACUCUCAGGAGAAUCCAGAUAUAAAUACUGAAUCUGGCAAAGUCUUGAAUUGCAGGUCAGUUUUCAAUCAGCACCAGAUAAGCCAUAAUAUGGAGAGACAGUUUUUCUGUCCCAAAUGUGGAAAGGCCUUCCUCCAGAGGUCAGAGUUCACAACCCAUAAGCAAACUCAUGCUGGAGAGAAACCUUAUGAAUACCAAAUCCAUGGGAAUUUGUUCAGCCAUCAAUCCAAACUGAAUGUGCAUCAUCAGAUUCACUCGGGGGAGAGACGUUAUGUGUGUUUUGAAUGUGGCAAGGCUUUCCAGCAGAAGUCAGUACUCAGGGUACACCAGAGAAUUCACACAGGGGAGAAGCCUUACAAAUGUACUCACUGUGGGAAAGCCUUAGCCUCUAAGGCCCAACUCCAAGAACAUGAGCGGAUUCACACAGGAGAGAAGCCCUAUGUGUGCACUGAAUGUGGAAAGGCCUUCCGUGGUAGGUCAAUUUUCCGGAAACAUAAGAUAACUCAUGCUCCAGAAAGACGUUUUGUCUGUCGAAAAUGUGGGAAGGCCUUCCUCCAGAAGUCAGAGUUGACAGCCCAUCAGCGAACUCACGUAGGAGAGAAGCCUUAUCAGUGCCAAGACUGUGGGAAGUUGUUCGCUAGACCAUCUGAACUGAAAAUGCAUCGUCGAAUUCACACAGGCGAAAAGCCUUAUGAGUGCCAAGAAUGUGGGAAAUUUUUCAGUACAACAGCCCAGCUGAAGGUGCAUCAUCGGAUUCACACAGGUGAGAGGCCUUACAAAUGUAGCGACUGUGGAAGAAGCUUCACCCAAAAGGCACAUCUCAAUAUGCACCUGAAAGUUCAUACUGAAGAAAAACAUGAUGUGGAGAGGCUCCGUGUAUACCAUGAGAGUGGGAGAGCCUUCAGGAAGGAGACAGAGCUCAGCAGGCAGCGAAGAAUUCACACAGGGGAGAAGUCUUACAAGUGCAGCGACUGUGGGAAAGCCUUCGCCUCUAAGUUCCCACUACGAGAGCAUGAACGGGUUCACACCGGAGAGAAGCCCUAUGUGUGCACUGAAUGUGGGAAGGCCUUUGCUGCUAAGUCAAAUUUCCAUAGACAUAAGAUGACUCAGUGUGGGGCAAGCCAUUUUGUCUGUCACAAAUGUGGGAAAGCCUUCCUCCGAAAGUCAGAGUUGAUAGCCCAUAGGCAAUCCCACUCUGGAGAGAAACCUUAUGGAUGCCAAGUUUGUGGGAAAUUGUUCCGUAGACCAUCUGAACUGAAGAUGCAUUGUCGAAUUCACACAGGUGAGAAGCCUUAUGAAUGUAGCACCUGUGGAAAAGCCUUCACCCUAAAGGGACACCUCAAAAUACACCUGAAAGUUCAUACUAAAAGAAAGCAUCACUCAGUGAAACACCAUGUAUGCCAUCAGGGUGGGAGAGCUGUCCAGAAGGAGUCUGUACUCGGCAAGCACCAAAGAAUUCACCCUGGUGAGAAGCCUCACAAAUGCAGUGACUGUGGGAAGGCCUUUACUCAGAAGUCAGUACUUAGAAUUCAUCAGAGACUUCACACUGGCGAGAAGCCUCACAAAUGCAGUGACUGUGGAAAAGCCUUUGCCUUCAGGGCCCGACUCCAAGAGCAUGAGCGAAUUCACACAGGAGACAAACCCUUUGUGUGUACUGAAUGUGGCAAGGCCUACAGUAGCAGGUCAGGUUUGCAUAGACAUAAGAUGACUCACAGUGGAGCAAGACCUUUUGUCUGUCAGAAAUGUGGGAAGGCCUUUCUCCAGAAGUCACACUUGACAUUCCAUCAGCGGACUCACACUGGAGAGAAGCCGUAUAAGUGCCAAGACUGUGGGAAAUUGUUCACUAGAAUAUACCAGCUAAAGGUGCAUUGUCGCAUUCACACAGGUGAGAAGCCUUACGAAUGCCAAAAGUGUGGCAAAGCCUUCACUCUAAAGGCACACCUCAAUAUACAUCUAAAAGUCCACACUGAAGGAAAGCAUCAUGUGUGCCGAGAGUGUGGGAGAGCCUUCAAGGACGAGUCACUGCUCCACGAGCACCAGAGACUUCACAUGGGGGAGAAGCCUUACAAAUGCACUCACUGUGGGAAAGCCUUCGUCUCUAACUUCCGACUCCAAGAGCAUGAACGGAUUCACACGGGAGAGAAACCCUAUGUGUGCACCGAAUGUGGGAAGGCCUUCACUGCUAGAUCAAACUUCCAUAGUCAUAAGAUGACUCACACUAGGAAGGUGUUCUGCAUGCACAAGUGUGGGAAAGCCUUCCUCCAGAAGUCAGUAUUGACAUCCCAUCAACAAACUCAACGCCAGAGAAAAGUCUUGUGAAUGCCAUAAGUGAGGUCUCAUCAUCAGCACUUCUCACUGAAGGCGCACCGUAGAAUUCACACAAGUGCAAUCCUGUGUGUCUUCUGAGUAAAGGGAGGUCUUCGACAACAAAUCUUACCAAGAAAUCAUUUCCCUAUCCAUCACCAUGUUUCCCAAGUACAAUUAUCCUCCUGGCGUUACCUGAAAAAGAGAACAGUUUAUGAGAUCUAAUUGCACAUGACACAAUUCAUAGAGAAUGCCUAGUUCUUCAUUUCUUUUUAACACAUUAUGAGGCAUUAAAAAAAAUCACAAAAUAAUUUGUAAUAAUAAGCACGUGCCCAUAUUUGUAGUACUGUGCUAAAAAGUGAUUUUACCAGGCAUAGCGCACACCUUUAGUCCCAGCAGGAGGCAUAGGCUGGAGGAGCUCUGUGAGAUAGAGGCCAGCCUGGUCUUUGUGGUGAUUCCAGGCCUGCUGGAGCUACAGGGAGACCCUAUCUCAAAAAGACUUUUCUUUUUUAAAAAGUGGGAUUUUAGCUAGGCAUGGAGACACAUUCUUUUAGUCCCAACACUCAGGAGGCAGAAGCAGGCUGAUCUUUGUGAGAUCGAAGCUAGCUGGGGCUAUCUGAAGACCCUGUCUAAAAAAAAUAAAAUUGCGAUUUCAUUUCAGAAUAAAACCCUAAUGAUUUUGAGAACAAAAGCCUUUUAUAGAAAAUGAUAUAAUUUGUUGCUAGUGUAUUUAUAACAGAGUUUUAAAGAAACUGUCCAUAAUGUUCCUGUUUAUAGAAUACCAGUGUUUCUAAAAUGCCAGCGAUGUGAAGUAUAGAGUAAUAUUAUGUAUGGAUCUGUAUCUGUAAUGUAUGUAUACUUAUUGCUUGUGUAUCUAGGUUUAUUUGUAUAUAACUAUGGUCUCAGCAUUUAUAUAUGUAUGCAUAUGUGUUUACACAGUAUAGUAGGCUAUACAACAGCGUUCACUGUCUAAUAGCAUAUAAAUUACAGGGGUUUUUUUAAAGAAUGUAGUUUCUGCUUACCAAAUUUAUUUCCUAAUGAAAGUACAUGAUCUGAUAUUAUCAACCUUUGUGAAUGUCAUUGUACCUUUCUUAGGUCUUUGCAUAAAUGUGAUUCUGUGGUGAUUGAU